AUGUCAACGGCGUCCUUUCAAAAGACUCAGAUAGAGAGGGAGGUGGAGGAGCACAAGCAGAAACUGCUGAGGUCAGAGCAGAGCCUCCAGGUCAGUCAGACCAAAGAGCAGGACCUCCGCAAGAAGAUGGAGGAGCUGCAGAGAGAGAAGAACAGUGUGACUGUUCAGUUGGAUCAGAGCAGCAGGCGUGUUAGUCAACUGGAGGAGGAGAAGAAGGGUGCAGAUCAGAGCUUUAAACGCACCCAGGGCUUACUAGAUGACCUCAAAGCUAAAUCUGAAGGGCAGGCGGAUGAGCUGAAGAGACUUCAGACUAAACUGGAGCAGCAGACUCAGAAUUCAGCCCGAGAUCUGGAACAUUUGAAAAAGACACUUUCUGAUGCAGAGACCAAAAAUGACAG